GGGGCGGCAAAGGGCGCGGAGCCGGAGGGCACCGAGGAGCGGCGCUCUCGGUGGUACCUGACGUCAUCAAGGCGCGCCGGCGGCAGGAGCAGUGAGGGCGGUUUGCCGAGCGCUGCUGUCGGGAUUGCUUUCGGAAAGACAUGACCACACAGUACGGUAUUCUCUUCAAGCAAGAGCAAGCUCACGAUGAUGCCAUUUGGUCAGUUGCCUGGGGAAAAAAUAAAAAUGAUGGUUCUGAAACAGUGAUCUCUGGCUCUCUGGAUGAUCUGGUGAAGGUCUGGAAGUGGAAUGAUGAGAAGCUGGACCUGCAGUGGACUCUGGAGGGUCACCAGCUGGGGGUGGUGUCAGUGGACAUCAGCCACACGGGGGCCAUUGCAGCAUCCAGCUCCCUGGACGCCCACAUCCGCCUCUGGGACCUGGACACUGGCAAACAGAUCAAGUCCAUAGAUGCUGGUCCUGUUGAUGCUUGGUCCCUGGCUUUUUCACCUGAUUCCCAGUACCUUGCAACAGGAAGUCACGUGGGGAAAGUAAAUAUUUUCGGUGUUGAAACUGGAAAGAAAGAAUAUUCUCUGGACACCAGAGGGAAGUUCAUCCUUAGCAUUGCAUAUAGUCCAGAUGGAAAAUACUUGGCCAGUGGAGCAAUAGAUGGCAUUAUCAAUAUUUUUGAUAUUGCGACUGGAAAACUUCUGCAUACGCUAGAAGGCCAUGCCAUGCCCAUCCGCUCGCUGACCUUCUCCCCUGACUCCCAGCUCCUGGUCACCGCCUCGGACGAUGGCUACAUCAAAAUCUACGACGUGCAACAUGCAAACCUGGCUGGCACAUUAAGUGGUCAUGGAUCCUGGGUUUUAAAUGUAGCAUUUUGUCCUGAUGAUACCCAUUUUGUUUCCAGUUCAUCUGAUAAAAGUGUAAAAGUUUGGGAUGCUGGAACGAGGACCUGUGUCCAUACUUUCUUUGACCACCAAGAUCAGGUAUGGCUGCUAUUCCUUCAGUCCCCAAGCUCCCAGCAGAGCUUGUUUGGUUGUGCAUAUUUGUGCUUCACCUUGGUGCUGCAGCUCCAGGCUUGCAGUGAUGCAACCUCAGCUUGCUAUAAUGAAAUUUUACAAGUUGUGGUUAUUUAGCACUUAAUACUGAACUAGUACUCCCAAGUAAUUAACAUUUUUCAGGCCCAAAUAAAGGCAAUCCUGAGUGGCCAAAGUCUCACCAGACUCUUGUUACCUUUGUCUCUGGUGUUACUUAUUUCUGUGACUUCCACAGCAUGUGCUGUGGAAGGGUGGAAAUUUAAAAGGAUGGAAUUACCUAAAGGGAUGCCUGAAAGCAGCCUGGAAACUGGGGAGUUUUUCCUCCUCCAGUGUCUGGAAUACUGUGGGUUUUUAAUUUGUUGCUCAGUGAUAGCUACCUGUGAGGGAAGGAGUUUAGCUUUCUACCCAUUUCUCUGUGCAAGUGUCAGGUGAUAAAUGAACAAUGUUAUGUUUUAAUGGAUCACUGAGGAAGAAAUGAAGAAUAUUCUUCCAGAUUUUGUUACAAUAGUAACUUCCAUAGUACUUCUGGUAACCUUCAGUUGUCUAUGGCCGUGGCGGUUUUAGUUUUGCAGUACCAGGUGGGAGUUGAUUCACCCUGUUGCUGUAGCUGUUGUGCAUAAUCUCAUUCAGUCUGUGGCCCGCAGAGAUGUGUCAGGGUUACAUCUCAGUUACUGGGAGUGCUGGGUUUGGUAUUAAUGCAAAGUGUUAGUAGUACAAGAAUGCCCAAACAUCCUGUGGUCAGCACACCCACCCUGCAUUUCACAUUCAGCAGCCUUCCUGAUGUCAUUCUGAUGGAGAGGGGGCACUUGAGAGCUUGUGUAACUCUCAAACCAGAGGACUGAGAUGCAUUUUGCUAUGUAAGUUUUACACUGGUAGGGAAAUAGUUCUCUGGAAGAGCUCAAGGAUAAACCAGAUCAUUCUUCAGUCUACCAUGAUGUGUCAGUCUGCAUGACAAAUAAUUCCUCACUUGCUUUCCUGCACUGUAAAAUGCUGUUUUCAGAAAGGGCUGCAGGAUGGGCAUGAGUGAAAAUGCUUGUGCUAUUGAUGCAAACUGGGGCAAACACUUUGGAGUAGCUGUGGCUGCUGUAACCCCCUGGCCACAGAUGUGGCUCCUGCAGGGCAGUGUCCUGCACCAGUUCUGAUCUGGUGACUUCAAUAACCCUUCCUCUACUGCUUACAAUAAAUGUGAGUGCCACAACAAUGCUUUUUCUUUGUC